UGUUUGGAGUUAAACGAGUUACAUGUGGUCUUCAGAAGAAUAUGAUGUUCUAUAGGAAAUAAGUUCUAAUUCUAUGUUGUGACUGAGCUGAAAAAGUCAUUUCGUGUAAACUUGGGUGAGAAUGGAAAGACGAAUACUGUCUUAUCAGGAAAAUAUUAUUGUAGAUAACUAAUCAUGUUGCUUUGUGUUCAGGUUCAGUGUGGUGACUUUCCUCAUCUGUUGGUGUAUGGACCAUCAGGAGCUGGAAAAAAGACAAGAAUAAUGUGUUUGUUAAGGGAAUUAUACGGUCCAGGAGUGGAAAAACUGAGGAUUGAGCAUCAGAGUAUAACGGCACCUUCUAAAAAGAAAAUUGAAAUUAGCACCAUUGCAAGUAAUUAUCACCUUGAAGUUAACCCAAGUGAUGCAGGAAACAAUGACCGUGUAGUAAUUCAGGAACUCUUGAAGACAGUAGCACAAUCCCAACAGCUUGAGACAAGUACUCAACGAGAUUUUAAAGUGGUGCUGUUAACAGAAGUCGACAAACUCACUAAAGACGCUCAGCAUGCUUUGCGAAGAACAAUGGAGAAGUACAUGGCGACCUGCAGGUUGAUCCUGUGCUGCAACUCCAUGUCAAAAAUUAUAGGACCUAUUCAAAGCAGAUGCCUGGCUGUACGAGUGCCUGCUCCCAGCAUUGAAGAUAUCUGCCAUGUGUUGUCCAGUGUGUGUAAAAAAGAAGGCCUGACUCUUCCUCAGGAACUGGCUCAAAGGCUUGCAGAGAAAUCUGGCAGGAAUCUUCGGAAGGCACUACUUAUGUGUGAGUCCUGCAGAGUACAACAGUAUCCUUUUACUGCUGAUCAAGACAUUCCUGAGAUGGAUUGGGAAGUUUAUUUGAGAGAAACUGCAAAUGCCAUUGUCAGUCAACAAACACCACAAAGGCUUUUAGAGGUCCGUGGACGUCUUUAUGAACUCUUGACACACUGCAUUCCUCCUGAGAUUAUAAUGAAGGGCCUCUUGACAGAACUUCUAAAUAACUGUGAUGGACAACUGAAAGGAGAAGUUGCACAGAUGGCGGCCUUCUAUGAACACCGCCUGCAACUGGGCAGCAAAGCCAUUUAUCAUCUUGAAGCGUUUGUAGCAAAAUUUAUGGCAAUUUACAAGAAGUUUAUGGAGGAUGGACUAGAUGACAUGAUGUUCUAACUCGGAAUGUUGUGUCAUGAUGCCAGUAAAGUUGCAAAUGUUGUCUACCUGUCCAUGCUUGAUUGCAUAUGGGUCUAGUUCAAAGUCAAAUAUUUUAUUUUGCUAUUAAUACGAAACACGGUGAACUAAAGAACAGUGUUUGUUCAGUUUUAGAAACCAGAUGGAUUGUUUGACAGCCACAAAUCCAUCUUUAGAUCCAUAAAAAAUACGUUGGCCUUUCAGAAAGGCAAGUUGCUUUGGAAGACAUGUAAGCUCAUAGUUGCUUCGCGGUAUUUGUAAGCUGGCAUCACGAAGAGAGAGCAUGGAUGCUGCAUGCUUGCUUUUUGACUGUUCACGGGCAAGGCUGUAAGCAGAAAGACGGGUUUUCCGUGCUGUGUUAAGUUCCAGUUUGAGCAUCUAUGUUCUGCCCACUGAUUUAUGUGUCUCGCUUCUUUUAUUUUAGCCGUGGUCUGCUGACACAGAAUGUUUUCUGACUCUUGUUUGUAAGCAGCUGCAUUGAAAGUGUGGAUGAGCAAUACUUGUGUGUUGCUUGUAAAUCAGUUUGACAACAUGGAACGCUUUGUUUCGAAGGAAUAUACCUGUAUAAAGCAAGGCCACUUGCUGGCUGACACUUUCAACAUACAUAAUGCUGUUCUGGUAAAGAUUAUUCCUCUGACUAUGGCUUAACCAAGGCUAAGGUUUCAACUUUUAACAAAUAUUCUUUCACAUCUUAAAACGAUAUGUGACAUUUUUAAAAUGGCAAAAUAACUGUAAAAAUAUGAACAAGAAAUGAAAUGCUGAGUUAGUGUUUUAUGCUGUCUGUGGCUACCUGGGUAUGUGCGUUCAUUUGCUUUGAUGUAGACUGUCUUUCAGAAAGGUGGGAUUGUGCCCCUCCAUUGUAAGACUGAAGGGAGCCACUGAAGUUUAAAAAACCCCACCCAUCCACAAACAAAACAAAACAAAAAAACCCAGCCAACAUCACCUAUGCCACUUCAUGCUGCAAGUUUUUACAUAAGCCUAUGUACUGUGGUACCCUAAAAAUGACUGAGUGUAUGCCUUUUCUUACUUACUCUGCUCAUUUAGGCUAUUACUAGGUAAUAUUUAGAGAUAAAAUGAAUUAAAUACUGUUUCCCAUGCCCACUCUUGGGGGUUUUUUUU